UUUUCUGUUGUUUUGUUCUGUUCAUUUGGUGUCUUAAUCUCUUACCAACAAAUUGCCUUUUUUGAUAAAAUAUGAUUGGAUUUGUUUCUUAAUUUGGUUAUUAUUUUGUCGCUUUUUUUAAUUAAUUAUUUUACUCUCUUGAUUGUUAAUUACUAUUUUCACCUCUGUGAUAUUCAUCUCGUACCAAAAUGAUGAGUAAAACGGGUUACACUUGCAUUAGACGGAGUCUUUGUCUAUUUAAUUUUAUUUUUUGGGUUAGUGGUGCUGUUCUCUUUGCCUUUGGUCUCUGGUUAAACUUGUCUCUUAAUAGUUAUUCUAGAGUCUUAAGUCCUUACCAUCUUCUCUCAGCCGGUAACUUGAUGAUUGCUAUUGGUUUUCUGGUUUUUUCAGUUUCUCUUUGUGGCUUAUGUGGCUCCUGGUUUCAAAAUAAAUGGCUUCUUGGAGCUUUUCUUUUCACCAUUGUGCUUAUAAUGGCUUUAGAGGUUGUCACCGCCACUUUGGGCUAUGUUAUCAGAGAUUCAAUUAGGGAUACCCUUCAAGAUGAACUACUUGUUGGUAUUAAAAGCAAGUAUAACUUAAAUGAUACCAAUGGAUUAGUUUCUUUCUGGGAUACAGUUCAAACCAACCUUGACUGUUGUGGUGUUAAUUCACAUAAAGAUUGGUUCCAAAUUGAUGCCUGGAAAACCGAGACAAAAGUACCUGAAUCAUGUUGUAAUCGUGAGAUAAAUAUAACCAACAUGUACUGUGCUGAAGGUGAUCUCCGUGACCAUGGUUGUUACAUCAAAUUGAAACGAGCUCUUCUUGAAAAUUUACAUUGGGUCGCAAUUACAUGUGUCAUCUUUGCAUUUGUCCAAUUCUUUUCAGUUGUAUCCUCCCUCCUAAUGAUCUGUACCGUUGACCAUAGAAGAAACUAUCGUCCAGUGAAAAAUAAUCGCUCACCAACCUACAACAGAGUACCAACCCUGUGAACAAAGCACAAAGCAAAGGAAACUAAAAGGAUUAAGAAAAUUCACCAUUUCCACAAUACAAGAAACAUUAAUUAAAAGAAAACAAAAAGAAAUCAACAACCUUCAUUGGAGGAAGAUGAAAAUUAAUGAGACAUAUUACCCGAUGCCUUAAGAUAUUACGUCCAAAACUUGUUAACGUUCUUGCUCAUCUCAAUUUUUUCAACGAUCUUUUUUUUGUCAAUCAUCAUUGCCAUUUAUCAUCUCACAUCUUCAUACCCAACAUUUUUCAAUCAAAUUGCUAAUCAAAGGGAUACCUCCUCCUUUUCAAAUUGCCUCAAGCUAUAAACUAGUUUAUUGGUACGAUUUAUAUGUGUAAAAAAAAAGAUUAACGAAACAGAAUCUCUCCAGAAUCAACCUAGGACAGGUUUGUGUGUGUCUCUACCCAACAAUUUAAAUUAACAAUUAAUUAUGAUUCUUCUAAAUUCAAUAUUUAGAUUAAGAACUUUUCCCAACUUCCAAUUGUAUUUGUCUUCUUCCACCCACCCCACCCACUUGAAAUUUCCACCAUGUAAUCUUAAUGUUCAUCGUACCAAAAGACAAUUAACUUUGCCUUUUCUUUUUUUGUUUCUCUUCCAAAAACCAAACAAAAAAAACAACAACAACGAAUGCAUUUAUUUAUAUCAAUUAUGUAAAUUCAUUAAUUGUAAUAAUCAAUGCAGUUAAUUUGAUCUAACACAAAAACUAAUCCAACCAAAAGACUAACAAUUUAAAAAUAAACCAAUUCUUGAUUUCA